AUGGUCUUCGGCUUUACGGGAUAUACCAUUUUGUCUCGAUCGAGCGGCAUUGGAAUGGCUAUAGCAGGCCAGACAAUAGCGGGCCUUGGUCAACCAACACAAGCAUUGACGCAUGCGAACAUGUCUGAAAUCAUUCCACGAAAGUACCGCCCAUACGCUCGAGCUGCAGUUCAGAUCUCGGUCUCGCUGGCAUCGGUGACCGCUCUGUACGCUGGAGGAGCCAUGGCGAGAGCCAAUCCUGAAGGUUUCCGGAAUUUCUUCUACUUCAACACGGCCAUCUUCUUCUUCAACGCCGUGGUAUUCGCACUCCUCUACCAGCCAUCUGCUCGUGCGCUUCAGCAAUUGAGUACCUGGGCAAAAAUUAGCACUUCGAUAUCGGUGGAAUGUGUAUGA